AUGCCGGCCCCAAUCAGACAGUGGCCUGCCUUGGCCGAGUACAUCUACGCUGGCGCGAAGGCAGCCGCAGAUCCUGAGUUCCUGGCGGUCAAGGAAGCUAUAAUUGAAGACUGGGGCGCUGAAGCUCUUCGUAAAAGUUGGGCCAAGGUGUGCAAGGACCUACAAAAAAUUACCGACGAGAUAGCGGAGAAGGACAAUACUAUUAUACCUGUGUUUGACAGUACACAGAUCAUCGAGAAAGGCUUUACUAAUGCCCGACGGGAUGAAAUGAAGCGUAUCGGCACGUUCGUCUGCAGAGAGUCUUUUCUGGAAGAGGACACAAACAAACUCUACAACGACCUCAAGCAUUUUCUCGCCGACAACGAAGGGUCCAUCAAAGGCUGGCCUAAGGAGAGCCCAUCCAUGCUCCUCCUGUACAAUUCGCCAUCCCAGAACGCCCUCCGCGAGACCACCUCCGAUUCUCUCGUCUACCUGGACGGCGUUCGCGACCGCGCUCCAGGACAACCAUUCCCCGGAUUGGGCGCUCAUGUGGACGCCGGCAGCCUCUGUCGCUGGGCCGACCCGAGAUACCGGAAAGUGUACGAGAGCAUUUUCUCAGGAGAGCCAGAAAGCUUUGAUCCAUAUGACCUGAGUGUGGGCAAAGAAGCCAAUCAGGCCUUAUACGAGGGCAUGGCACACUCAAAGGUGCUACGUACCUUCCAAGGCUGGACUUCUCUAACACCUAAGGCUCCGCGGGAAAGCACCAUUAUGUUAUAUCCAAAUGUCAAAAACGUCAUAGCUUAUAUACUGUUGCGACCAAUCUUCAGACCGCCGGUGGGCCAGGAGGCGGACAUUAUGGAUGCUGAAAAGUGGACGAUUGAUGACUCAACAGGCUGGUUUCCGGGAACUUUCAAAGCAGAGAGCCAGCGCCUCAGCCGGUCUUCGCAUCCUCAUCUCAGGUUGGAGGAGUGUUUAGUGGUCGCUCCGCCAGUUAAGGCAGGAAACACCAUUUGGUGGCACUGUGAUGUCUGUCAUGCUGUGGACACGGAACACCUAGGGAAGAAUAACGCGUCCGUGGCCUUCAUAGCCUCAUGUCCGACGACGCAGGUCAAUAAAGACUACAUCAAAAAGCAGCUCAUCUGCACACUUGAGGGUCGCCCGGCCCCAGACUAUUCGGAAGGUAAUGACCUUGAGGAAACCAAGUUGAACGGAUAUGUCGGGUUAGACGGACUUGGUACAGAUGUCCGCAGAGCAUUUGGGUUUGGGUUGCUAGAAAGGUCGCAAUAUCCGAGGGAGCAGCCGCAGGCCGAGGGCACUGUGGACCGCUUCGUAAUAUUCCUCCGCGUCGGUCACUCCGUGGAGAAGGACCAAUGUGAGGUCGUAGCGCUGCCACCUGAUCCAAGGGUGCGCAAGCUCGAGCUGUUGCAACUUUUCAUCUUUGAGAUCGGUUUCCGGCUGAAGAAGGCGGGGGAGGCCGUCAAUCACUUCUACCAACUGCUCAUCGACCGUUUUGACGGCCUCUACUGUCUCAUCAAGGGAUCCGGAACCUGA